AGUAAUUGAAAUUUGUUGAUAUAUAAAAGAAUGAAACUAAUUUUCGUUUUCUUCAGGACUUAGGCUUCAAAACGAAUUAUGAACAAGAUCCAGUAUUUUCUCAUCAUGUUAAUCAAAUUGCUGCUCUUGCAUUUCUUCAACCGAAUGAUGCUAGCCAAGGUUUUGAUGACCUGUACAAUUCAUUACCACAAAUGUUACAUCCAUUAUUAGACUAUUUUGAAGAUACAUAUGUUGGUAGAAAUCGUACACAAGGAAGAGCAAAACCAAUGGUUGAAAUCGAAUUAUGGGACAUGCAUCAAAGGACAACUGAUCGUUUAAUGCAGACUAACAACUCAGCUGAGGCUUAG